GCUCACUUCGUUCAAGUUCUCUCUUUCUCUCUCCCCCCAGAAUACACUCAAAACCAAAUGCAAAUCCUUGUUAUCAUCGCCUGAAACCUACUUGCAGCGGUGAUCGGAAAUAGAACGCCAGAAAUCACAUACAACUGUAAAAAUGACAGUAUUCAGUGUUAGUCAUAAUUAUCACAAUGGUGGAGGAAAGAAACAACAAGUAGUCCCAGUUGAUUAUGAAUCUGAGGUUUCACAGAGAUUGAUUGAUGCUAUACAUAGUGAGCAUGAUAGGAAUGAUGUGAAGUUAGUCUGUGAUAUGAUUAGUGAUCCCUGUGUAGAUAUUAACUUCAUUGGUGGUGUUUAUUUGAAAACAAGAAAGACUGAAGUUAUUUUGAAAGAUGAGAUUAGCAAUGAAGUGAAGAUUGAGUAUCAAGAGUUUAAGUCUGAUGUUACUGCUCUGUUUCUUGCUUCUCAUUCUGGAAAUCUCACUCUCGUUCGUAAAUUACUGAGUGCUGGAGCAGAUGUUAAUCAACAACUAUUUAGAGGGUUCGCGACAACGGCAGCAGUUAGGGAGGGCCACCUUGAGAUACUGGAGAUCUUACUUAAGGCUGGAGCAUCACAGCUGGCUUGUGAAGAGGCAUUGUUGGAGGCGAGUUACCAUGGGUGGCCAAGGCUCACUGAGCUCCUUAUGGGUUCCGACAUGAUCAGAUCCCAUGUUGCAGUUCAUGCACUUGUUACUGCGUGUAGCAGAGGGUUCGUGGAUGUCGUAGACAAGUUGACGAAGUCUGGGGUUGAUCCUAAUUCAACUGAUCGUGUGCUGCUCCAAUCUUCUGUGCCUUCCUUGCAUACGAAUGCUGACUGCACAGCUCUUGUUGCGGCAGUUGUCAGCAGACAGGCCACAGUUGUCCGCCAAUUACUACAGGUUGGAGUUAAAACAGACAGCAAGGUUAAACUUGGAGCUUGGUCAUGGGAUACAAAUGCUGUGGAAGAGUUAAAGGUUGGUGCAGGGCUAGCAGAACCUUACCCCAUUACCUGGUGUGCUGUAGAGUAUUAUGAAGCUAGUGGUUCCAUCUUGCGUCUGCUUCUUAAAAACCACUCGCCCGACACCCAGCACUAUGGGAGAACCCUCCUUCACCAUGCCAUCCUAUGUAACAAUGCUAAAGCCCUUGAUUUACUUCUGAAGUUUGGGGCUGACAUAGAAUGCAUAGUGAAAACCACUCGUAAAGCUUCAUUCCAUCCAAUACACAUGGCUGCCCGACUUGGAUUUAAGAGAAUCGUUCAAUGCCUGGUUGAUGCUGGCUGCCAUCUCAACUCUCUAACAGACUCUGGAGAUACAGCUUUAAUGAUCUCAACCAGAGGUAAACACGAGGAAUGUCUCAGAGUACUUGGAUCUACUGGAGCAGAUUUUGGUUUAGUCAAUAAUGCUGGUCAGUCUGCAAGCUCAAUUGCUGCAUCAAGCCGCUGGAGCCUGAGUUUUCAACGUGUUUUGUUGGACAUAAUCCGAUCGGGGAAGACUAUUAAAACAAGCAAUCACUCAAUCUUCUCCCCAUUAAUGUUUGUUGCUCUUGCUGGUGAUGUUGACACCCUGAAAAUACUGAUAGCCCAAUCAGAUACAGAUAUUGAUUAUCAAGACAAUAGUGGUCAGUCAGCCUUGAUGGCUACAGCAAAGGAAGGCCACGUGGAAGCCUUCCGCUUGCUUGUUUAUGCAGGAGCAGAUGUAAAGUUGAGAAACAAAUCUGGCGAGACAGCAAUUGGCUUAUCAGAACGAAACCAUAAUUGCGAUCUCUUUGAGAAGGUAUUACUUGAAUACGCACUUGAAAAGGGUAACCAUGGAGCAAGAGGGUUCUACGUGCUUCAUUGUGCAGCCCGUCGUGGCGACUUAGCUGCAGUUCGUCUCUUAACAAAUAGAGGCUAUGAUGUCAAUCUCCCGGAUGCAGAAGAUUAUACCCCAAUCAUGUUGGCAGCAAGAGAAGGACAUGGAAGCAUGUGUGAGCUACUAAUCUCAUGUGGUGCCAGAUGUGAUCUCAAGACAGCAAGAGGAGAAACUGCCCUUUCACUCGCAAGAAAGAAUGGUGCUGGAAGUGAAGCAGAAAUGGUAAUAUUAGACCAACUCUCCCGUGUUCUUGUUUUGAAUGGUGCUCGUAUACGGAAACACACAAAAGGUGGAAAAGGUGCACCACAUGGGAAGACGAUGAAGAUGAUUGCUGCGGCAGGAAUCUUGUGUUGGGGGAAAUCCAGCAGAAGGAAUGUACUAUGCAGGGAUGCAGUUAUCGGGUGUAGCCCUGUGUUUAGGAAGAACAGAGAGAGGAAAGGUUACGAUGGUAAUGAGAAAGGAGUAUUUAGGAUUAUGACCACAAAGAACAAGGAUUUUCAUUUUGUGUGUGAAAGUGCAGUCGAGGCUGAGUUGUGGGUAAGAGGUAUUAAACUUGUGACUAGGGAAGCUAUCUUUGGCAAGAAACAAAGUGAGACUGAAAGGUGAAGAGUUAUGUAAGUGGUUUACUGUAAAGAAUGUUCGGUGGCAAAGUACUUCAUCUCGAAGUACUAUGGUUAAUACCGUUUUUGUUUUUUGUUUUUUUUAUCUAGAUUAUGUAAAUGUUUCUUGUCCUCAAUCUUGUAACCUUAGAAUGUUUUUCUAUUGAAAGGGAAACAUUAUGAAAUAUCCCUGUAGUUGAUUUCUCA